AUGGAUAAUAUACUACCUCUAUUGUUGUUUGAUAAUGAACAAGAAAUGAUUCUUGGUGCUGUUAAUGCUGUGCUGGACUUGGCAGAACCAUUGGAUGAUGUAUUUCCACUAGAAAGAAAUAAUGUCACCAGAAAUAUGAAUUAUGUUGAAAAUAUUGUUCCUCAAUACACCGAUUUACAAUUUCGUGAGCAUUUUCGUAUGUCUCGGGUCACCUUUGAGGUAAGAUUUAAGAGUAAAUAA